CAGAUUCUUUGGCAGCGAUGGAGCUUUCGAAGACAUGCUACCAAGUCCUCAUGUUUGCUUCCGUUGCAGCUUGGCUGUUGUGGCAGCCAGUCACGAGCAGCAACGAUGGAAGCUGCUUUCCUCCUGCGUUUGCCCAAGAGGGUAAGGAAAUUCCAGAAGAUCAGAAGCAUACGAUCCACCUGUGGGUGAUCUUGCCUCCUGACACCGCAUCGCUCGUUCUACCUGUCGUAUGUCUUGCUAAGAAGGAGCUUCUUGUACUGGGAUCAAAAGGGCCACUCCCCAACGGCUGGAAGAUCAAUGUAGUUUUCAGAAGUUCUAAUGGAUCAGUAGCUGUAGCGAUGAGAGCAGCUCUGAAGUUGUUAUACGAGAACCCUAAUGUUGGUGAAAGGUCGUUCUCAGAUGGUCCUACGGAUUUGCGUUGUGCAACCAAAUCGAACGAAUGCGACGUCGGGGUGUUUUUGGGCUCUACCAACAACUAUGAGCUGGAUUAUAUAGCUUCAUUCGCUACGCGUUUCAACAUCCCAACUUUCAGUACGGCAGGAAGGAGCAAAACUUUCUCCGACCCCAAGUACAAGUCACUGUAUCGCUUACAAGGAGACUACUAUCAGCUGGCUCAAAGCGUUUUGUCGAUUAUGAAUAAAUGGAACUGGAAAAUCGUGUAUCUUCUCUACGAAGAUGAUAAGAAGGAAGUGUGCUCAAAAGCAAUGCAAGCCAUCAAAGACAGAAUAGAUAAGAAGAAGGUAGCCUUCUGUGGAGUGGAUUCAUCAACUUCCGAGUACUCCUUGAAAGGGAACUGCGCAAAUAAAAUCGACCCCCAAAACGCGACCUCCUAUGGAGCGGACUCAAAAACUCUCGAGAACUCGGGCAAAGGGGGCUUCUUGAAAGAAAGCGAUCUCAAAAAAGUUUUCGAUAAUAUCGCUGAAAAUGCAAGGAUUGUCUUCGUUUGCAUCUUGAACAGCUCUCUUCUGGAACAAGUGGCGCGAGAAGCCAAUAAUAGAGGUAGCGACUACGCUUUCAUUUAUCUGGACUUGGGCUUCGGAACGCCUGACGACUACCGCCCAUGGACCGAGAAGGCAGUUGACACAAGCCGCCCCUCUCCCAAGCUGGUGCUGACAUCUCAAGUUCCUGUAGAAUAUUCAACGGAGUAUCAGAGGGCCAGGGAUGCUUACGGUGGUCAAGAGGAGUGGGUACAAACCUGCUCAAAUGAUUUAGAUAAGCUCCCUAGCAACAGCCAAGCUGCUGCCCCAGCGUCUUCUUCCGUGGACAGUUUCUACGACAGCGUAUGGCUGUACGUUGAGGCGCUCAACAGAACCUUAUCGCGUCAACUCCAGAAUUGCUCGAAUUUCAAAGAGGAAAUCCUCGUCGAACUCAACAGAACCUUAUCGCGUAAUCAUUCGUGCGCGAAUCUUAAAGAGAAAAUCCUUGUCGAACUCAACUCCAGCUAUACCAGUCGGCUGACGAAUCGAAAUUUCCGUGUGGAGAACAGAACAAUACCGACUUCUUAUUUCUUGAUGAUGUUGAAUCAGGACGCCUCUUCUUAUGAAACGGUGGUAAACAUCUCUUACCGGAAUGACGACAACGCUUCCUGGGAUUUUGAGUACAACAGUGAAAAAUACAAACCACCCAAAGACAAGCCCAUUUGUGGAUUCAAAGGCGACGAAUGCUUACUGUACUACUUGAUUGGGGCUGUCAUCUUUCUGUUCUGCUGCGCCAGCUGCAUCUAUGCACUAGUUUGGCGCAGGAAGCGUCGGGCGAGGCGCGUCUGGCAGAUCUCCCUCAAAGACCUGCAGUUGUCGAACUCUGGAGAUGGGCGAAAGGGAUCCAGCGCUGGGAGCACGACGUCUCUUGUGAGCCUGGCUUGCAACCACUUCACGGCCGAGGAGCGAUACAAGGGCCAAAGAGUGUUCAUCAAGAGGCUUCCCAAGAGACGCAUUGCUGUCAGCUCCGCAAUGACGAUUGAGCUGCAGAAUCUGAAACUCUUAAAGAACGACAACGUGGUACAGUUCAUGGGCGCGUGCUUUGAAAACGACUUGAACUUAAUGGUACUCGAGCUCUGCCCCAGGGGCUCCCUGCAUAGAAUGUUGCAGCAGCACACGCAGGUUGUCCGCGAUGACACCAUGAAGUUUUCGCUGCUCAGAGACCUGCUUCAGGGACUGAAUUUCUUGCACAAAAGCGCUCUGAAAAUGCAUGGUAAUUUGAAGUCAUCUAACUGCGUCAUUGACUCCCGUUUUGUGCUCAAGCUCUCUGGCUUUGGUUUGCUCUCGUUCAGGAAUGACGACUAUCAGGAACGCGGCGAAUCAUGUGAUAGAGCAGGGAAGCUGUGGCGUGCUCCUGAGGUGCUGCGCUCGGGCCCCGGCCAGCUCAGUCCCGAGGACGCCCAGAUGGCUGACGUCUACUCCUUCGGCAUCAUCAUGAACGAGAUCUUCUCGUGCGCCGGCACCUUCCCUACAGACGAGGACGUGACAUACUCGGAGAUCCUGAGGCGAGUGGAACAUGAAGAUAACCCUCCAUUCCGCCCCCUAGUGGCCGAGGAAGAUAUUCCUCACCCCGAGAUCGUUGACCUCAUCCGGAUGUGUUGGGAUCAAAAUCAGAAAAUGCGCCCUCCUCUGCACUACAUCAGCCAAACCAUCAAGCAAAACUCUAAAGGCUAUUCAUCAUCCAAUGUAGUUGACAACUUGAUCAGGCGUCUUGAGAACUACGCACAGAACUUGGAGAACGAGGUGCAUGAACAGACUCUUUCUUUUCUUGAAGAAAAAAGAAAGUGGGAAAAUUUGCUGCAUGAAGUCCUUCCUAAAUCGGUAGCACAGAAGAUCAUCAACCAACAGAAUAACAACCGCAAGCUUGACGUGGCGGAAUCUUUCGAAUGUGUUACGAUUUACUUUAGCGACAUUGUUGACUUCGCCAAAAUUUCUGCAAGUUCCGACCCUAUGCAGAUCGUGGAUUUACUAAACGAGUUGUAUUCACUCUUCGACGACACCAUCAGCAAGUUUGACGUUUACAAGGUCGAGACCAUUGGUGAUGCGUACGUGGUGGCAUCAGGGCUGCCUACUAAGAACGGCAUGCUGCACCUGCGUGAGAUCGCCCGCAUGUCCCUCGCGCUGCUCGACGCCGUGCGAUCCUUCAAAAGUGACGCGCUGCCGGAGCAGAAAUUAGAGAUCCGCAUCGGCAUAAACUCCGGCAGAUGCGUAGCUGGGGUGGUGGGUGAAAACAAGCCUCGCUACUGCAUCUUCGGCGACACCGUCAACACAGCCUCCAGGAUGGAGUCGUCCGGGGAACCGAUGAAGAUCCAUGUAUCCGACUCUACUCAUUCCCUCUUGCAGCAGCACCACCCCCAGUUUCUGCUGGAGCGCCGCGGGCCCAUUGCAAUCAAGGGCAAGGGUACGAUGGUGACUUACUGGCUGCUUGGCGAGAUUUCGGAAAAUCGAGCGCCUAUGUAGAUUAAAAUGGAUAAAAAUAUAGACAUUCAAGGUAUAGUCAACGAGACGUCAACUAAAUAAGGGUAGUGGUAGACUUAGUAACAAUAGACGAGGUUUGAAGCUUCAAUAAGCGGUGACCCUAUAGGAGAUAAUGGAUUUUUCUAAUAUAAAGAAUACAUUUUCGAGUGAAAAUGAAGUAAAAUUUAUUACUUACCGAUUUAUAUGACUGAUUCUUAUAAUUUACAUCUUUUUGUUAUUAAUUUAUAAAUAAAAUACAUAACGUCGUUAGUCAAAUUUUAAGACAAAGGAUGUCUGCAUCGUAGAAGAAGAUAAUAAUCUACGAUCACAAUAUUUAACAACAUCAAGCCGUUCGUACCAUCCAAAGUGUCGAGGCGAUUACCGGUUAACGAAACAAGAGCAG